UUUUUUUUCCUUAUGAAUCAAAACGAUAAAGUCUUAGCUAGCCCUGAACUCCAUGAAAAGUACCAUCAAGAAGAUCGCUAUGAAAACUCAUUAGCUGAAGAACAGAUCGAACAUGUACCUGAAGGAACUGCUUCUCCAGGAAAGGCAUUGUUCAUGUUAUUGAAGGCUUUUAUUGGUACAGGUGUCAUUUUCUUGCCUGGAUCUUUUGUUAGUGGUGGUCUUGUCUUGUCAAUCGUGUUAAUGGUCUUACUUGCUUCCAUCUGUUGUGUAGCUUUCCAGAUCCUUGUGAAAGCUCAACAGUCUAUCGGGGGUUCUUAUGGUGAUGUUGCUCAACACCUUUAUGGUGCUUACUUGAGACAUUUGAUUCAAUUCUUCUUAUGUAUUUCUCAAAUGGGUUUUGUUUGCUCUUACAUGAUCUUCAUUUCCGAAAAUAUCGGUAUUGUUGUUGACACUGUCAAUAACUGCAACGCUCCAUUUGCUGCUAAAUAUUAUAUCUGGAUCAUUCUUGCUGUUAUUAUUCCUAUUUGCUGGGUCAGAAAGAUUGCCAAGUUAUCUCCUAUUGCUGUAAUUGCUGAUAUCUUUAUUGCUUUUGGUCUUAUCUGUAUUCUCUAUUUCAGUUCUGCACAAAUUCAUGACCAUGGUGUUGGUCAAAAUAUUAUUUUGGUCAAUCAAAACACCUUUGGUUUAAUGAUUGGUACCGCCAUCUUUUCUUAUGAAGGCAUUGGCAUGGUUUUACCUAUCGUGAAUGGUAUGAAGGACCCCAAAAAGUUUCCUAUGGUCUUGAACCUUGGUAUGCUUAUUUGUGCUGUUGUCUUCACUUUGAUUGGUUCUAUUGGUUAUAUUGCUUAUGGUGAUAUUACUCAAGCCAGUGUUGUUGCUAAUAUUCCCCGUGCUCCUCUAUCAACCACUGUUCAAGUUCUCUAUGCUAUUGCCAUGAUCUUCAGUAGUCCUUUCAUGCUCUACCCUCCCUUGACUAUUAUUGAAAAGUACAUCUUUGGUAACCGUUCUGGUACCAAGAGUCUCAAGAUCAAAUGGGGCAAAAACUUUGUUCGUUCUUUAGUUCCUGUCGUUUGUGCUGCUGUCAGUUUUGGUGUUGGUUCUGAAAACUUGAGUAAGUUUGUCUCUCUUGUAGGUUCUAUUGCCUGUAUGCCUCUCUGUUUUAUCUUCCCCGGUCUUUUCCAUUACAAGAUCACUUCUAGGAAAACUGCCAAGAUCCUUGAUGUUGGCCUCAUUUUGUUUGGUGUUCUUGCCAUGGUCUACACCGUUUAUGUGAAUGUCAACUCUUGGGUUCACCCUGCUGAAUCUACAGGUGUUGUCCUUAGUAUCACUAACUGUAGUGCUUAAUUCUCUUUCUUGUUUGCAUUGAUCUGCAAAUGUGUAAAUAUUUGUGUAAUAAAUAAAAUAUACUCUUUUUAUUAA